AUUUUCUGAGCUUCAGUUCGCUUCGGUCGUCCGAUAGAAACACUUUCCGAUAACAAAACGAAUCAAAUUCGAAAAUUCAUGUCAUUUCGCCGAAAUUAUCGUAUUUUUUAUGACGGUAAUCCGUAAUCGAGAACCCGCAUGGCAUAUACCUCGAAAUACUAACCUACAAAUUAUUGAAUUUUACAAAAUAUCAUCGUUAUUUUGGAAAUCGAUUGAAAUAUUCCAUUUUAAAUAUGUUCGGCGUUUAAUCAUAUGUGAAAGUGUUGAAUUUAAAAUGGUUCUGUUAUGAGACGUUUGGUGGGUCUUAACAAAGUCGAAAAGCAUAAUAAUAAAAAAAGAAAGAAAUGAAUUCCAGUAACAUGGACGCGGAAAACCGCGUCGUUCUCAACGUCGGUGGUAUUCGACACGAAACGUACAAAGCAACGCUCAAGAAAAUACCUGCCACCAGACUUUCGAGGCUUACAGAAGCCCUAGGUAAUUACGACCCUAUACUCAACGAAUUCUUCUUCGAUAGACACCCAGGAGUUUUUGCGCAAGUUUUGAAUUAUUAUCGAACGGGUAAAUUGCAUUAUCCAUCUGACGUUUGCGGACCGUUGUUCGAAGAAGAGUUGGAAUUUUGGGGAUUGGAUGCCAAUCAAGUAGAACCUUGUUGUUGGAUGACCUACACGCAGCACAGGGAUACCCAAGAAACUUUGGCGGUUUUAGAUAGGUUAGAUUUAGAUACAGAAAAACCUAGCGACGAAGAAAUAGCAAGAAAAUUCGGAUUCGAAGAAGAUUAUUAUAGAGGGACUUUAUCUUGGUGGCAGAUAGUUAAACCGAAAAUUUGGUCGUUAUUCGAUGAACCUUAUUCAUCUACAGCGGCAAAAGUAAUUGGAGUUGUGUCAGUAUUCUUCAUAUGCGUUUCUAUACUGUCGUUUUGUUUGAAAACUCACCCCGACAUGAAAGUACCGUCUAUCAGGUUGGUAAGCGUGCGUACACCGGAAAACGGUACCAACUAUUAUUUCGAUAAAGUCGAUACGGACGCGCACAUCGCUUUCUUUUACAUCGAAUGCAUUUGCAACGCUUGGUUCACUUUCGAAAUUUUUGUAAGAUUCAUAGCCAGUCCCAACAAAUGGGAGUUCAUCAACUCAUCUGUAAACAUCAUAGAUUACAUAGCAACCGCCAGCUUCUACAUCGACUUGGUGUUAAGACGUAUAGCUUCCCACGUGGAUAAUGCAGACAUAAUGGAAUUUUUUUCCAUUAUUCGUAUAAUGAGAUUAUUUAAAUUAACUCGACAUUCAUCAGGUUUGAAGAUACUCAUACAAACUUUCCGAGCGUCAGCUAAAGAACUCACAUUGUUGGUGUUUUUUCUAGUAUUAGGAAUAGUGAUUUUCGCUAGUUUAGUUUAUUACGCCGAACGGAUCCAAACUAAUCCAGAUAAUGACUUCAAGAGCAUACCUUUGGGUUUAUGGUGGGCUUUGGUAACCAUGACCACGGUCGGUUAUGGAGAUAUGGUACCCAAAACAUACAUCGGAAUGUUUGUCGGUGCUUUGUGUGCCUUAGCUGGUGUAUUGACGAUUGCCCUUCCCGUACCAGUCAUCGUAUCAAAUUUCGCCAUGUACUACAGCCACACCCAGGCUCGAGCAAAACUCCCGAAAAAACGUCGAAGAGUUCUUCCCGUGGAACCGACGAGAGGUCCACGGUUACCAGGUCAACCUGGUGUUCCGGUAACAACUGGUUCUAUUGGUCCAACGGCCAAAGAAAAAAAUCCUUCUCUUAAUACCGCCAAUAAUCCUAUGGAGAACAAAUUGGGAGCGCCGCUUCCAAAAAUGGAUCAGAACCGUCGUCACUCCAAUGUCAGAUCGAAUGGUACCACAAGUACUGAACCGGUUGAAUAGUACGAGGGGACUGAUAGGGGUGACUUCAUCCCUAAAUCCAAACGGGGUUGGACUCGAAUCAAAUCCAGCGUUUUUGAUGGGCAAACCAAAAUUUGAAAAUCCGCCAACUUCACAGCCGACCCAGGUGAAUCUAGCUCAAAGCUCGGGUCAGAUUUACACCACGACUGUGAAGUCAUCCACUUGAGGGAUGUAUCCAAAAAUUACGUUUAUUUAUAAAUCUUCUUUCUUAUCAACCGAAACGAAAAAAUGCUGCUAAGGUAUCAAUAUCGAUACAAAAACUUUUUCAAUACACCCCUGUAUUUAUUCCCGAUAAAAAAACGACAAACUACCUUAGCAUUGAUGAAAUCUCGCAAUUUUCACUUAUUUUUUUAAUAUUCAUCUGAAAUUGAAUUUUUUCGACAUCCAUUUUUAGUAAUUUAACUUUAACGUCUUGUAUCUCAGAAACGUCUAGCAAUAAUUUACUCAUAAUGUUUAUUAUCCUAUAUACAAAAUAUAUAUUUUAAAUAUUUCAAUAUUUUAACGAUUUCAAUUAUUUUGUGAAAUAUAAUUUUUCGAAAAUUGAUAAACAUAACAUCAAUGUUAUAUUAGGACUGUAAUUUGGAAUAAAAUUAACAGUUCCAACACUAAUUUGUUUUUUAAUAAAAUAAUUCAUCAAUACAUAUAAUAAUAAUAUAAUAAUAAUAAUAAUGUAUAUAGGGUGUCCCAAUUUAUAAAUAUCGUUAUAUUGUAAUAUAUAUUAUUAAAUGGCAACACUGCAUGAAUGUGUAAAUAAUUUCCGAAUAUUGAAUAUUGUUAUCAAUAACGUGAAGAAUAUACAGGGUGAAUUAACAUGAAGAACAUACAGGGUGAAUAUGAUUUAUAAACUAAAAUAGUAGGCAAAAGGUUAGUCUUUAUUUGGACAAAACAAUACGACACUCUGUAUAUUAACUCAUAUCUAAAUUUAUUUUAUACUCCUGGUUCAUAACCUAUAUAGUUUUAUAAAAUUAUAUAGGGUAUUUAAAAAGAUAUGACCAUUUUUAUAUAGAAAUCAUGCUACAAAGUACACUCUGUAUAUUAAUAAUGAGUAAAUAAAUUAUUAUUUAUUUUGGAUGAUAACUUGAUCGGAUAUUGUUCAAGUUCUAAAUCAAUUGUAAUAGAAAUAAUCGAAGAACUUGUAUAUACAGGGUGGUCUAAGAAGUAAACUUGUUUUUUUUAAUGAUUGUUUCUAUUUUUUUUUUUCAAAUUUGGGAACUAUAAAAUAUAUUUCUUAUUAAUUUAGCUUCAAUUAUCAAUUUAAAAAAAAUCAGCCGAAUUUGUCUACCAGAAAUGCUUCAAAUUCAAAUUUGAACUAUAUAAUUAGAUCCAAAUUAGGGACAGUCUCUGUAUAUUAUUUUUCUUUGAACAUAAUGUUAUAUAUGGUGUAUGAAAUUAUUGGUUUUUCCUAUAAACGGAUUUUUUAAUAUGAAUAUGAACAAAAUUUCUUUUUUUCUUUUGUUAUUUCGAAAAAUAUCAAAAGUAUCUUCCAAAAAGUGAGACAUAAAAAACUUUCUUUCCAAUAUGUCAUUUCUAAUAAAAUUUGUGUGUGUGUGUGUGUCAACGGCUAGAAUUAGUCUUGAAUCGUCCGAAGCAUGUGCAUCACCUCUAUUGUAACUCAAAUUAUGUUCCAAGAAGAAUUAAUUUCGGUUCGUUCUUGCAUAUAAACAAUAUAAAAUUUAAAUAUAAGAUAUUGAAAUCAUAUAAGUAACCUUCACUUGUUCGAAAUUUUUUGUUGGAACGGAACCAGAAUAAGACUGAAUAUUUAGCAAAUAAUGAACGUUUUUCUUUGUGUCAUUACGUGUCGAAUCGAAAUAUUAACCCACCAUAUCAAUAAACAAACUCAAAAUGAGAUGCAAAAGUACUUAAUGCCACAAAAAUCAAAAUGAAUAAAAAAAUUUAUUUUUUCACGUCAAUAACUUAUCUUUAUACUGUAUAAAGUAUUUGAUAUGAAGACACCUCUAUAUUUUUAUACAGGGUGAUGUGUGGAGAGACCCAAAAAUUUUUUGUAACUUUUUAUUCGUUUUUGUUAUUGCAAACCAUAGAAAUCAAUUACAUACACCACGAAAAAAAUUAUUUUUUCACUUUAAUAACUUAUCUUUAUACAGUAUGUCGCAUUUAGUUGUAUUUCUAAUGAUUUUAAUGACAUUUGAAUAUAAAACAAAUAGAAUUAGCCACAACAAGGGCUGUCAAAUAUAAUCAACUUUUAAAACGUCAUUAAUAAGGUUUUAAAUUUUAUAAUUAUAUUUUCAAAUUAGUGGAAUAUUGCCUGUAUAUACUUGGGACAAGUUGUAUAUUGAAUUUAAUGACAUAAUAAUAUUCAUAAUCGACAUUUACUCAAUAUUUCUAUCUAAUUUCGGUGUUUAAAUUUAUUUCAUUUCAUUGAUGACUUCAUGAUCUAUUUUGUAAAUAUUGAGAUGUUUGUCCUAUGUAAAGGGCAACACAAUUAUUAUAGAAAAGCCUAAAAUAUACAAGUCAGUUCAAUAAUUUGUAUGUAUUUACAUUGACAUUAGAAAUACUAUAACGUGAAGUUUGAGCUCGAAAUAAUAUUUGUUGAUAUAAUGUAUAAUAAUUAAAUAAUGUUAUUUAUGCAGCUUUAAAUUUAAAAAUAGGAAUUAAAAGAAAUGUUUUUGUUUUGUAUAAAAAUGCACAUAAUUAGAUUUGUAAAUAAAUAAAUUCUAAAUAUUUAACAUAUCUGUUAAUGUGAAUAAUAAAAAAAAGUAUACAUAUUCCCUGGUUAUGGACCAAAAGUUCAUCUACUCAUCUUAAUAAUAAUUGUGAUAUUAUUUUCAAUUUAAACUAAUAUCCCUUGUGUAAAUUGUUGAAUAGCAUAUUUUAUUGUUUCUACGACCAAAAAAUUAAAUUACAUUCAAACAAAAGAUGUGUUUAUCCAAAUACAUUAAUUAUUAAUAUUUAUUGUACAUCGUGUCGAAAAAAGACCACUUGUAUUGUUUUUGACACUUAAACAAAUACCAAACAACCGAAUUUAAGCAUUAAAGUGAUAGUUAUAGAAAAUAUCAUGUCUUGGUAGUCAAUAAUUAUAAAAAAUGAGAAUUGAGAUGCACCACUGCAUUAAAACCGGAUGUUCUAUCAUACAAAAUGGCCGUCACUGACAGCUUCCUGAUACUACACUAAUCAAAUAAAUGCUUUUCUUUUAUGCCACUUUGUAUUAAAAAUAUUUUCAGAACAAUUUUUUAAUGUGUUGCGUGAUGGUAAUUGAGGUUUUAUUAACGAUAUAUGGUCGUAGAAAAAUGAUAUAAUAUAAAGGUAAUUUUAAGCUAGACGAAAUUUGGGAACAAAAAACUAUUUUAUAAGAUUUAAAGAUAUCAAGUAAAAAUUCAAAUCAACAUAGAAGAAUAUGUUUUGCAAUAAAACAAUUUCUGAUUUAGAUUAAAAACGAACGUCCUCCACAUUAAAUUUUAAAUAAUUAUAUUUUGUAUAUCAAUCUAGAGUUGUUUUAAAAUUUCGUCUGGGCAAAAAUAAAUAAAAUACUUAAGCUAGAUUUUGCCUUUUCUCUAAUAAAUUAUUAUAUCUUAAAUAAAUAAAUACACAUAGUGAUCUUUCUAAGAAGGGACCUUGAGAUUUUUUAAAAUAUUUUUAUCAGGACCGAGAAAAACGUGAACGCUUUAUACUUAGAACCGAAAAAAAGCUGUAGAAAUUAAAAUUAAUUUUUAAAAAAAGAAAUGUUACAUGUAGAUAGAUAUUCAUUACAAAGUACAAGGUGUUUUAUAUUCAUUAAAAAAAAUUACCUUUCCAUUAUACUUUUAACACUAUACACAUCACAAACUCGUUAUCACUUAUUUUGGAUGAUUCGUUUCUGGAAAACAGGUCCAAGGAUAAUACUUUCUUGAAGAACUGUUCAGGUGGUAUUAGUACUUUUCAAAUAAAAAUUUCGUCAACAGAAUCAUUCGAACGAAACAUAAAUCACUACCGAUUGUUAUAACUAUAACCUAAUAUAAUAAAUUUCACAUAUUCACAAUUUACUGCAGAAAAUAAUAAUGUUAGACUCAUUUCUUCUGAUGCCACCUUCUUUCAACUCGGUUCGCGCCAUAUCGUACAUAUGAUGUUUGCGGCGUUGCCGCAUUUAUUUCAUUUCAUUUCAGAAACAUCUGAAAUACCUUGUACUUUUAUACACUAAUUUUCAAACAUAUAGUAGAUUUUUAGAAGUUUUUUUUGUUACGAUAUGAAACUAACGUUCGUUGCUCUAUUAUCAAAGUAUGAAGUGUGAUAUUUAAGUGAUACAUUUAGAUUUAGUAUAAGUAAAAAUCCAAUUUUUAUUGAAUUAUUUUUGAAUAAAAAAAUUACGUCAUUUUAAACAAUAUAUUCGUAAUAAAUUGAUAAUAAAGACAACAAAAAUUUUCAAUUAAACUGGAUUCUAGUCUACAAACAAUAGUAGUCACUGGGAACUUGAUGUAGAUUAUGUUAUUGUCCAUUUUUUCUUGAAAGUAUUGAUCGCCCCUCGUAUCAUAUCAUGUCGAGUUUUUUUUCAUUAGAUUAUCGAUUAUAUUGUAAACUGACGUAAUUUUAUUGUUAAUAAAAACAUAACCAAUAUUGAGUACUACCAAUUUUAAAUAAAUUCGUGUCAGUUAAUUGAUUGAAAUAAAUAAAUAUUAUUCAA